AUGGCGUAUAAGUUUGUCACCGCCCAUGCAGGAGCAAAGAAUGUAGAGGCUAGAGUUAACGACAUCUUCGCUGUUCGACAAACCAUGGGAAAAAGGCUCAGGGAAUUCCUGGCCAGAUUCAACAGGGUAAGAAUGAGCCUAACAAACUUAUCGGAAGGUAUGGCGGUCGCCGCUUUCCAGAAUAGGCUAAGUAGGGACGGCUCGAGGGCGACCAAGAAACUGCUGAGUCGACUUAUGAAGUAUCCUCCCACCACAUGGGAGGAAAUUCACAAUGCCUACUGUGCCGAGGCACGUGCAGAUGAGGACGACCUUAACGGUCCAACCCGGCGGCUGAAAACGAUACACCCAGAGAUCAGGAGGGACCGGCUCAAUGAAAGACGACAGGAAAAAGUCCCGUGUCUCAACAGGGAAAGACAUCGACCUUACGUCAGAUCAUCUCAUCCCCCGCCGCCAAGAAGUAGUGUACGCACUAGAGAAGCUGAGCAACAAGGUACAAUGACCAACAAAGAUGACCCUACCACCCGAAAAUCAAAUGCCCUGUGCGAGUUCCACCAGGAGCGAGGGCACAAACCCGAAGACUGCAUAGGUCUACGGCAAGAGGUGGUCAGGAUGAUGAACCAAGGGUUCUUGAGAGAAAUACUCAACGAUAAAGGAAAACUCAACUUAGCACGUGGAAGGGAACAACCCCACGGUCCACCAAGGACGACCUCACCAACACGCACAAUCAAUAUGAUCAUCGGGGAUGGCAAUAACUCGGCGAUCAACCACGUCAAAUUCACCACCACUCACAAACUGAAGCGAACCAUCACUCAUGAACGGUAUGAUGACAUCGAAGAUAGUAUCACCUUCGAUAAGUCCGAUGUCAACGGAUUGUCUUUCCCUCAUUAUGAUACUUUGGUUAUUACUUUAUGCAUUGUAGAUACGGAUGUUAGGAGAAUUAUGGUUAACGACGGUAGCGACGCCUUGGAAAGAACCUCUGGGGAGGUAACCCGUUCUGGCGGGAGGAGUCAAGAUGGAAACCACUUUCCAUGUGAUGAACCAAGGACAUACAACACCAUCAUUGGACGUCCGUGGAUUAUCAAGUAA